AUGUCUGAAGAAGUACCUAUGCAAGAACAACAAAAGCCUCAUGAUUCAGUAGAGGAACCGAAUGAAAUGGAGACAACUUCACAACAAGAAAUAGGGGAACCUACCAAUGAUCAAGGAGCUCCUAGUAACGAUGAAUCAAAUGCUGUGAACUCACGUAUGGAAGAGAUGGAAAAGGAAGCUGCUAAAUUACGAGAGCUUCAUUCUCAAUUAAGCAAUGACUCGAAUAAUGAUCCUUCAGAAGAAGAAAGACGAGACAUUGAUUCUCGUUCGGUGUAUAUUGGUAACGUGGAUUAUGGCUCGACUCCAUUAGAAUUACAGCAGCAUUUUUCAAGUGGCGGAGUGGUUAACAGAGUUACUAUACCCUUGAAUAAAUUUACAGGGCAGCCUAAAGGAUUUGCAUAUUUAGAGUUCGCUGAUAUUGAUGGUGUCAAUAAAGCCGUAGCAACAUUGGAUGGUUCGACCUUCAGAGAUCGUGAGUUAAAAGUUUGUGCCAAGAGAACGAAUGUCCCAGGAAUGAGUUCUACAAAUAGAGGUGGUGGUUUUCCAAGAGGAGGUGGUUUUAGAGGUAGGGGAGGCUUUAGAGGUGGUUUUAGAGGAAGAGGACCAAGAGGAGGAAGAGGAGGUUUCAGAGGAGGAAGCAGAUUUACUCCAUAUUAA